CUGUGGGGGGAGUACGAGAGGAGGGUGGCGGGGCAGGCAAGGGAGCUAUGCGAGCAGCUGAGGCUCGUGCUGGAGCCGACUAUGGCGACGAAGAUGAGAGGAGACUACAAGAGCGGGAAGAGGAUCAACCUGAAGCGCAUCAUCCCCUUCAUCGCCUCACAGUUCAAGCGCGACAAGAUCUGGAUGCGCCGCUCCCUCCCGGUCAAGCGAACCUACCGCAUCCUCCUCGCCGUCGACAACUCUCGCAGCAUGUCC